UCUCUCAAGGAAAUCACCGACAGAAAAGAGAGAAGGCUGCCUUUUCUACCUCUGCCAGACCCAUUCUCCAGCACUGGCCUCCCUGAUGGCUGUUGGCAUUUCCCUCUGAAACCUGCCAAGCUGGACCCCACAGCUUUGAACGACUGCACUGCGGCCGCCACUGUGCCCUCUCCGGAGACCACCAAUCAUGCAGUCCUAGCCCGUCAUGCAGGCAUUCAGGAAGAGCACUACGUAAGUGAAGCUGUGGAAAAUGAUGCAUCGGACUACAGGGAGUACAGAGAUGCCGGCACCAUUACCGAUGUGUGCAAUAGUACUGAUCUUCCUGAAGUUGAAAUCAUCAGCCUGCUGGAAGAGCAGCUGCCCCACUACAAGCUAAGAGCAGACACAAUCUAUGGUUAUGACCACGACGACUGGCUUCAUACCCCUCUUAUUUCUCCUGAUGCUAAUAUCGACUUAACAACUGAGCAAAUAGAAGAGACACUGAAAUACUUCCUUUUAUGCGCUGAAAGAGUGGGCCAGAUGACUAAAACAUACAAUGACAUUGAUGCUGUUACACGUCUUCUUGAAGAGAAAGAGCGGGAUUUAGAAUUAGCUGCUCGUAUUGGCCAGUCAUUAUUAAAGAAGAAUAAAUCUCUAACUGAGAGAAAUGAAUUCCUUGAAGAACAAGUGGAGCAUAUCAGAGAAGAGGUUUCUCAACUGCGUCAUGAGCUGUCCAUGAAAGAUGAGCUGCUUCAGUUUUAUACCAGCGCUGCUGAAGAGAGUGAGCCAGAGUCCAUCUGUUCAACUCCAUUGAAGAGGAAUGAGUCAUCUUCGUCUGUCCAGAAUUAUUUUCAUCUAGAUUCUCUUCAGAAAAAACUUAAGGACCUUGAAGAGGAGAAUGUUGUACUUAGAUCAGAGGCCUGCCAGCUGAAGACUGAAACCAUUACGUAUGAAGAGAAAGAACAGCAGCUUGUUAAUGACUGUGUGAAAGAGCUCAGAGAUGCAAACAUCCAAAUUGCCAGUAUCUCUGAAGAGUUAGCGAAGAAAACUGAAGAUGCUGCCCGACAGCAGGAAGAAAUCACUCACCUUCUCUCUCAGAUAGUGGAUUUGCAGAAAAAGGCAAAAGCUUGUACAGUAGAAAAUGAAGAACUUGUCCAACAUCUGGGAGCAGCUAAAGAUGCCCAAAGGCAGCUCACCGCAGAAUUACGUGAGCUGGAAGACAAGUAUGCCGAGUGCAUGGAAAUGCUUCAUGAGGCACAGGAGGAAUUGAAGAACCUUCGGAACAAGACAAUGCCAAAUGCCAUGUCACGACGUUACCAUGCAUUGGGCCUUUUCCCCAUGGAUUCCUUAGCAGCAGAAAUUGAAGGAUCAAUGAGAAAAGAACUGCAUCUUGAUGAUCCUGACUCCCCUGAUUUAACCCAUCAGAAGCGAGUAUUUGACACAGUGCGGAACGUCAACCAGGUGGUAAAGCAGAGAUCCCUAACGCCAUCUCCAAUGAAUAUCCCAGGAUCUAACCAGUCUUCAGCAAUGAACUCCGUCAUUUCUAGCUGUGUCAGCACACCACGAUCCAGCUUGUAUGGAGGAGAUAUCUCUGGUAUUGUGAUAGACAACAAGACUAAUAGCAUCAUCCUAGAAACUGGAUCUGCUGACCCUGGAAAUGAAGAAAAGAACAAGAAACCUGGAACCCCGGGAACACCUGGCUCGAGUGACCUGGAAACAGCCCUUCGAAGGCUGUCCCUACGGAGAGAGAACUACCUGUCAGAGAGGAAGUUCUUUGAAGAAGAACAGGAAAGGAAGCUCAGAGAAUUGGCAGGAAAGGGUGAAUUCCAUAGUGGCUCCAUGACUCCAACAGAGAGUAUCAUGUCGUUGGGAACUCACUCCAGGUUUUCUGAGUUUACUGGAUAUUCAGGAAUGUCCAUCAGCAGUCGCUCAUACCUCCCAGAGAAGCUUCAGAUUGUGAAGCCCUUAGAAGGUUCUGCUACUUUGCACCAUUGGCAGCAGCUUGCUCAGCCUCAUCUGGGGGGAAUCCUAGACCCACGGCCCGGGGUUGUCACUAAGGGCUUCCGAACUCUGGACCUCGAUCUAGAUGAAGUAUACUGCCUUAAUGAUUUUGAAGAAGACGAGUCAGGUGACAUUACAUACAAGGGCCUAACUACCUCGACGCCGGUUCAGCACACAGAGACCUCAGGUGAGAGGUCCCAAGCACAAGUGACUGUUUCAGACAGCAAGAAUUACUCAAGUCUCUCUCAGACUUUUCCAGAGGAGAUGCAGGAACCCACGACUGACGAUGAUGAGGGGUCUGUACAUCAUCCUGGGAAGUGCAUGUCACAAACCAACUCCACCUUCACCUUCACCACCUGCCGCAUUCUACACCCUUCCGAUGAGCUCACACGAGUCACACCAAGCCUUAACGCAGCACCUACUCCAGCUUGUAGCAGCGUUGGCAAUCUGAAAGGCACUCCAGUAGCUACCCCAUGCACUCCUCGGCGUCUGAGUUUGGUUGAAUCCUUCACGAACCUUCGGGAGUCUACAACUACUAUGAGCACAUCCUUGGGGCUUGUGUGGCUGCUCAAGGAAUGUGGGAUAUCAGCAGCAGUAUACAAUCCACACAGUUGGGACAGAGUUGGCAGGAGCACCCUCCUGAGCACACAUUCUCCCAGAAUGGCCGCCAUUCCAUCCACACCUCCAAACUCACCUAUGCAGACACCCUCUUCUUCCCCACCAUCUUUUGAAUUUAAAUGCACGAGUCCCCCUUAUGACAACUUCCUGGCUUCCAAACCAGCCAGUUCUAUUUUGAAGGAAGUGAGGGGGAAAAAGAACAUCAGGAAUAGUGAGAGCCAGACUGAUGUGUCAGUAUCUAACCUUAACCUAGUGGACAAAGUGAAAAAGUUUGGAAUUGCCAAAGUAGUUAGCUCGGGGCAAGCACAAGCUCCUACAUUAACUGAUGAUCAAGGACCUCUGCUGUGUGGGGCACAAAGGCCAGUGAAGGCCUUUGUUCCUGGAGGCCUAAUGUCAGAAGGUCUGCCCUUGGGUUGUCCUGCUGCAACAAGUGCUAUUGGGGGCAUUCAGCUGAACAGUGGCAUUAGGAGGAAUCGGAGCUUCCCAACCAUGGUGGGUUCAAGCAUGCAGAUGAAAGGACCACCGACUUUAACGCCAGGCAUCCUAAUGGGAGCUAAGCUCCCCAAACAAACUAGCUUACGAUGAGUGACUUCAUAUACAGAUAGUCAUCUAAAGAGAUACCAAGAACCCUCCUAUGAACUUUUUUAAAAAAAGAUUUUUCUUCCAUUCACUGUUGAGUUUGACAAAUCAACUUUGUGCCUAAUGGGAAAAGAGUGUAUACUUUGUACAGAAUGUAAAUAUGUAUCAGAUGUAUUAUAAGUUAAUCAUGACACUGUUUUGACAAUUUAACUUGCUAACCUUUUGAAAGGGUGUUUUGUUUUUCUUUGCACUGAAAAAAGCAAUCCUUGAGUAGAAAAGUAAUGGACUCCCUUGUUAGCCUAGCUUGACAUUGGAAAUCGCUUCCUCGAGCAAGGGUUACUGGUCAUGCUUUCUGCACACCCAGUAACUCCCAUAAACACAACAGUCUUCGUAGUUCAUGAAGUGUUCAUCAAAGCAUUUUGACCACUUUAUUUUAGCUUUUGUGGAGGAGCCAGAAAUAUCCUAGCUCUUAUGCCUAACUGAUGAAAGGGGCUUUUUCCCCCCCCUUAUACAAGAAACUUGAAAUAAUAUUAUGGUUUGAAAGUGACUGCUAAGUCUGCUUGGUGCUUGGAAACAGAACAGCGACUGUUUCCAGCACCAUUCAGGUUCUGUGUUAAUUUUAUUUUCAGUACUGCACUGGAGUGUGGAAGGGAAAAUGCUUUCAAUAGUGUUUUGUUGCAGGCACUAAAAACACCUCGGAGGAAAAAAAUCUCUGAUUAUUUCUUGCUUUCAUGAGGUUAAAAUAUCAGCCUCUAUCUUGGGAGCCAAAGUCACUAAAACAGUUGAUUGUAAGUCUGCUGGGGUGGGGGUGGGGACAAUUGAACAUAGUCCAGUAUUGCCAAAAGAUGUGUCCUUAGUGAGCCAUUUUUUAAAAAACCAAAAACAAUUAGCAAGACUGAUACAUAUGAAGCAAAAUGACAUUUUCAGCAGCUUUUCACUUUUUCUCUCCAGUUGUGAAGUAUAAACAAAUGAACCAAUGGAUCAUUUUGUAAACAAAGUUAGAACACUUUUUGUAACUGCUGUUGUUCUGUCCUUGUAUACAUAUCUGUUUCCAUCAGAUCCAAACCAUAUAGUUGCCAGAUGUUAUUAGCAAAGGGUUUUUCUUUACCAGCCUAAUACCUUUCGGAAAUAUUCAGUUUUGGGGCUUUUCUUCCUCUAAUGACUACGUGUAGGAAUUCAAAAUAACAUCUGAAAGGAAUUAAGAAUGAAUUAGACGAGCCCAGGAUGCCAGAAACUUCCUUUCUGCGAGUCCCAUUGAAAUAAAUGGAAGCUGUGCAAGAAUGUUCUUGUCAAACUUCCUUUCAUUCCAUUGGGGUCCGUGCAAAAGGACCUCUUGGUCGGCUUGUGCCCCAAGACAAGGUUAUUUUUGAACUUUCAUUUCAUUUUGAAGCAGUUGGCAUGUGUGGAUGACUGUUGGUUGUUGUGGGCGAGUUUAAAAUCAAAAACUGUUUAUUUAUUGAUGCCAGUACUGCACUACGUGCAAUUGCUGUGCAUUGCCAAUGUGCCAGACUGUUACUAAAUCAUUAGCACUGACAAUUACUUGUAUUAAUGGAACUCUUUUUUUAAUGUGUAGCAGAGGAGUCAGGUGUCUUUAAAAUGUAGAGAGCUUCGGUACCGCUGCGAAGAUUGAGAGAGAGAGAGAGAGAACGUGCGCACGCACGCACAUGUGUCAGCCACUGCAUGUGCUUUCAGAAUUCUAUUUAUUCUACAGACUUUAAAACAUUUUAGCACAUUGUCAUUGGCUCUACUUGCUGUUUGUGUGCACUUAUUACAAGUACGGAACUUUAUCUUUUUAUCUGAAUGUAUCUUAAGACAACCAAUAAGUUAACCAUUUUGAAUAGAAAAGAAAAAAAAUCAUGAAUGUACAAGGACCUUUUCAUGUACCUGAAGACUAUGAUUGCCAUUUGCAGAAUAAAAAGGUAAAAACCAAAUGAUUCAAUUGGAAAGUAUUAUUUACUAUUUAAAUAAUAGAAAACUAGCCACUGGAAAAGGAGGUAGUAAGGCAUUAAAAUGACAUUUAUAUUUUCACAACUGAAAAUCAAUAAACCAAUAAAGGUUUUGUUGAUUUGUA